CUGCUUUGUGUUGCGGCAGGCUGUUUGUUUGUGGAGUAUCAGGUCGUGUCACGGUGAUGAACGGCGAUGUGACCGAAGCGACUUUGUUCACCCGAAGACAGGCAGCAUAUGGCGAUAAACAGCAGGGAUGAGGACAUUGUGAAAGUUCAGUGUGGAGCACAGAGGAGCAGGAGGCCACAGAGCAGGGGGCCCAGCCACUCUCACAGCUCAGCUAGGGCCUCCACCACAUAGAUGGAGCGGCUCCACUGGGUGCAGCAUCGUUGUCGGCAACUGCUGGCGGGAAACUCAGGCAGAGGCUGGUACUCUGCCCCCGAUGGCCUGCCCAACAAAGCCUCCCUGGAGGCCCACAGCUCUCCACAGAGAGCCAGUGGGAAGCGAAGAACUGUCUUUGCCCGCCAUGGGCCCCACCAAGAGGAGUACGAAGCAGUCUCCAAAGGCUACAAGGGCAACGCCAUCCGCACUACCAAGUACAGCUUGUUGACUUUCAUCCCCAUGAACCUGUUCCAGCAAUUCCACAGGGCUGCCAACCUCUACUUCCUGUUCCUGGUGUUACUGAACUGGGUGCCAGUUGUUGAAGCCUUUCAGAAGGAAAUUACCAUGAUUCCUCUGCUUGUGGUUCUCAUCGUUAUUGCCAUCAAAGAUGCCCUGGAAGACUACAGACGCUACUUGUUCGACAAGAAGGUCAACAACAAUCUAGUGCGAGUGUUCUGUGGCAAGCAGAAAACCUAUAUUGACCAGUGCUGGAAGGAUGUGCGAGUUGGAGACUUUGUCCGUCUGUCCUGUAAUGAAAUCAUCCCAGCUGACAUGCUGCUGCUGUAUUCCUCUGACCCUCGUGGGGUUUGUUAUAUCGAAACUGCCAACUUGGAUGGAGAGACCAACCUGAAACAGAGGCAGGUAGUUUCAGACCUCCCACCGCAAGGAGUAGAGUUCAACCUCGAGAACUUCCAUAGUCAUAUUGAGUGUGAGAACCCCAACAAUGACCUCAGCAGGUUCAGAGGUUACAUGGAGCACCCCAGUGGGGUUCGUGUUGGCCUCCACAAUGGCAACCUCCUGUUGAGGAGCUGCACCAUCCGCAACACUGAGACCGUGGUGGGCAUUGUGGUCUAUGCUGGUCAUGAGACUAAAGCCAUGAUGAACAACAGCGGGCCGAGGUAUAAGCGCAGCCAGCUGGAGAAGCGUCUGAACACAGACAUCCUGUGGUGUGUGCUGCUGCUUAUCAUCAUGUGCCUGACAGCUGCUAUAGGUCACGGCCUCUGGCUGAAGAACCUCAAAGAUCCUAUCUUUCUGGUUGAUAAGGAGACAUCUCCUGCCCUAGCUGGAUUCUAUGUCUUCUGGACAAUGAUCAUUGUGUUGCAGGUGCUGAUCCCCAUUUCUCUGUACGUGUCCAUUGAGAUUGUGAAACUGGGCCAGAUUUACUUUAUCAACAAUGACUUAGCCCUCUACAACAAGCAGCUGGACUCCAGGAUUCAGUGUCGGGCCCUUAACAUCACUGAAGACCUGGGUCAGAUCCAGUACCUGUUCUCUGAUAAGACAGGAACUCUGACAGAGAACAAGAUGGUGUUCCGCCGCUGCAGUAUCUUUGGAGUUGAAUAUCCUCAUGAGGAAAAUGGUCGGAGGCUGGAGGUGUACGAAGCAGAGAAAAGUGAGGCGGCCGGUCGCUCUGUGACUCUGAAGUCGGGCUGCAGCGGUAAAUCUCUUAGCUGUCGCUCUCUCAGCUGCAAACACAGCUCAGUAUCUCUGCACACACUCACCGCUGAGUCGGAGGAGGAGGAAGAACAUCUGUCCAGUCACACGCAGCCCAGGACCAGUGCCUUCUGCAGCCGCGUGGCGAGGGAAGUGAUGCCGGACCCCGAGUUGGUGAGGAAGUUGAAUUGGCUUUGCUCUCCUGUGCUGGCUCUGAGUGACGGCUCCUCUGGGACUUCAUCCAGCCUGGAGCUCACCUACAUCACUGACUUCUUCCUUGCUCUGGCCAUCUGCAAUAGCGUGGUGGUCUCCUCACCCAGCCAGCCUCGACACGUGGUGCCUGAGGCACGAACACCUCUCAAGUCCCUGGAGGAAAUCAAGCUGAUGUUCCAGCGCCUCAGAUUCUCUCCUUUCUCAGCCCUCUCCACCCUGUCUCCUCCCCUGAUCAAAGGCAGCCCUCGCAGCUUCACCAGCAGGCUGUUUGCCCGGGGGAAGACCGGCUCCUUAACCUUCUCCACGCCCACUAACAGCACCACAGAGGGCUCAGAAGCAGGCCAAGAAAGCAACAUGGAAAACUCCAACCUGAGGCGUAAACUGGAGUUACCUUCUGGAGUGGAAGGAGGAGAUGUGGGACAGACAGAAGACAGGGAGACAAUGGACGAUAUCAGGAAUACAAAGGCAAACCCUGGCGGGUCCAGGCAGGAUGUGGAGGACAUUAUAAGAGAAGUAGACAGUGAGAGCGACACUGACGACGAACUUCUGUAUGAGGCAGAGAGUCCAGAUGAGGCAGCUCUGGUCCAUGCAGCCCAUGCGUACCACUGCACCCUGAGGGGACGUUCUGCAGAGAGCCUGCUGGUGGAUCUGCCAGGACUUGGCUCUCUCACUGUCCAGCUCCUACACAUCCUGCCCUUUGACUCUAACAGGAAGAAGAUGUCAGUGGUGGUCCGCCACCCACUCACAGGACAGGUGGUAGUUUAUACCAAGGGUGCUGACUCUGCCAUCAUGGAUCUGACUGAGACACCUAAAGGUGCAACGCAAGCUCAGGAAAUCUACAGUCACAUCAGAGAGCAAACCCAAAAACAUUUAGACAGCUACGCCAGAGAAGGCCUCCGCACACUCUGCAUCGCUAAAAAGGUCCUAGAGGAGGAGGAGUAUGAGGUGUGGCUGAAGAGACAGCUGCUGGCAGAGAGCAGCAUAGAGAACAGAGAAGAGCUGCUGCUGGAGUCAGCUGAGAGACUGGAGACCAACCUCACCCUGCUGGGCACCACAGGGAUCGUAGACAGACUGCAGGAGGAGGUCCCAGAGACCAUUGAAGCUCUUCAGAAGGCUGGCAUCAAAGUAUGGAUCCUCACAGGAGACAAAAAAGAGACCGCCAUCAACAUCGCCUAUGCCUGCAAACUGCUUUGUCCAGAUGAUCGGCUGCUGACAGCCAACUGUGGAAGCAGGGAUGCGUGUGCAGCUAUACUUGAGGAGCUCAAACUGGAAGUGCAGCGGGGUGAGAACAGUUUGACUGAACUGACUGCAGCAGGGAAUCCUCAUGGGGAAUCCUCCUCCAGCAGUGUGGGAGGCUUCAUCCUAGUUAUAGAUGGCCGGACGCUGGACUGGGCCCUGCAGGAGGAGCUGAAGAGCGACUUCCUGGAGCUGAGCUGUAGAUGCAAGGCAGUCAUCUGCUGCAGGUCCACUCCGCUGCAGAAGAGCCAGGUGGUCAGGCUGAUCCGGGACCAGCUUGGCGUCAUGACCCUGGCUGUGGGUGAUGGAGCCAAUGAUGUGAGCAUGAUUCAGGUGGCUGAUGUGGGCAUCGGGAUAUCUGGUCAGGAGGGCAUGCAGGCUGUGAUGUCCAGUGACUUUGCGAUAUCCAGGUUUAAACACCUCAGUAGACUGCUGCUGGUCCAUGGCCACUGGUGUUACUCUCGUCUUGCAAACAUGAUCCUCUACUUCAUCUACAAGAAUGUGAUGUAUGUGAAUCUGCUGUUCUGGUAUCAGUUCUUCUGUGGUUUCUCUGGGAGCGUCAUGACCAACGCCUGGGUGCUCAUCCUCUUCAACCUGCUCUUCACCUCCGUUCCUCCUCUCAUCUAUGGCGUCCUGGACCAGGACACGCCAGUAGACACUCUGAUGGAGCUGCCUGAGCUCUACCAGGCUGCCCAGAGCUCUAAGGUCUAUGCUCCCUACAUCUUCUGGAUCACAGUCUUGGAUGCUUUCUACCAAAGCCUUGUCUGCUUCUUCGUGCCUUACUUUGCUUUUGCAGGAUCCAGCAUCAGUGAGCUAUCCUUUGGCUCGCCAAUCAACGCCUCAGCUCUCCUCAUCAUCCUGCUGCACCAAGUCAUCGAGAGUCACACUCUGACGUGGAUUCAUAUGCUGGUGUUGGUGCUUAGUGGUGUUUCCUACUUUGGCUUCGUGCUGCUCUUCAGUGUGUUCUGUGUGACCUGCAGCCCCCCCACCAACCCUUUGGGGGUGGAAACACUCGAGAUGUCCCAGCCUCUUUUCUACAUCGUGUGUGCUCUCACUACAGUGAUGGCUCUGUUACCCAGGCUGUUGUUUCGAGCUCUGUACAACUCCUUACACCCCUCUGCUGUUCUGAAGUCGGCUCACAUGGACAAAGCAGAUUCAGAGAAGUACCACAAGAGAAUGCAGCGCUGGAACCUGAGCCAGUCUAGAGUCAACAGGCUGCCUGUGUGUGCUGACAACCCCGGCCUGGAGCCCAGCACAGCCUCAGUGGUGUCCUGAUGUUCCUCUACACACACACACACACACACACACACACACAUACACAGGCAAAGUGCUGCAUACCCCUGGAGCAGUCAGACUCGUGACGUGGCCAGGGAAACAAUGGCCUGACAGUUCUAAGACGGUUGAUGUUGACAUGCUGGAUUCAAAUGGCUAUCGGUGGUACUGUAAAAGGCCAUGUAUGGAUGUUGCACUACUCCACUGCUCAGCUGUUUCUGAGCUCUGCUGAAAGACUGCACUUUUUGCUACAUAUCAUCAGCCAAAGAGUCUGAUUCACUGUAAGCAAAAGCAUGUUUUGAUACGGCAUGUUCUUCUCACUGAGUGAAUCAGAAUGAUGAGUAUCUGUUUAAUAUCUCAUCAGACUUUUACAGGAACAGAAGCUGUGAAACAUGACCAUCAUGUCAAAUAUGCAGAGACAUUAAUAUUUUUAGGAGCUGUAUGCAUCAUUCAAACACCAGGAAAUCAUCAGCUUAUUAAUCCUCUGACAUCCAUCAUGAAGGAAUGACAGCAGUCUCUACUGGUCAUCAGUGUGUACUACAGUUAACACUGAGGGCAAACACACUGGACUGAUAGGCUGCAUUCACACUGCAGGGCAAAGAGACCAAAUUAGAUUUUAUUUCCUAGGGUUUGUUGUUUGUUUGAUAUUCAUCAUGAUACUGUAGUGCUCACUACAUGCAUGUUAGAUGAAAUUGGUCAAACCGCAGUUUCGUUGGUUAACUUUCAGAAGAGCACGAGUGUCACAGUUGUAAUGUGAGUUAUUUUAUGGGCCAAAAAAUCUGAAAUUUGCAUCACAGCUGUAACAAAUGAUUUAUGUGUAUUUAUUUAUUUUUUGAAAGGCAGCAGACACAGAAACACAGCUGACAUGUUGAAGUGAUAUUGCAACUGCAAAAUGACCAUUUGUAUAUCAGUUACUCACUGUGUGUAACGUUGGAUUUGUGAAGAAAGCUUUGUUUUUCUUGCAUGCCUCCAUGGAUAAAACCAAAAAAGGCAAACAUUCUUCAUGAAUUAAGUAAACCGGGUCUGCAUUUAACAACAGCAAAGCCAUAUCAAAACAUCUGUUUACAAACUCUCCCAAAACUCAUACAGUAUAAUGCAAGUCUUCUUCAUCCCGCUAUAUGGUUAGUACUUUUCAAACACAUCCUGAACUGAUAGUAAAACUUAUGUAUGCUCUCUUCAAUGCCAUACUCCAUUAACAAAAACAGUAACUUUACCAUGCUGAACAUGAGAACUGUGUCUACAACUGCCUCAAUCAGUUAGUUUGUUUGUGUUACUGUGUGACUUUGGUGAAUACAAACUAAUCAUUUAAGACACCAAAGUCACACAA